AUGCGUGUGCCGUCCCUCCCCAUCCUCAUUGACGAGUUUCCGGCACUCGCCGGCCGCCGCAGCGGCAGUGGGACGGAGCUGUUUUUUCUCACCCACUUUCACACGGAUCACAUGAAGGGCCUCAGCUCUUCCUGGACGACCGGCCUCAUCAUCACCGGCACCCUCACUCGGCAACUCCUACUGAACAAGUUUGAAGGACUUCGGGGACGCGUUCUCGGGCUGCCCUUCUGGUGUCGCACCCCGGUUCUCUCCGCCUCUGGCGCUGCGCACGGCGGAAGAGAGAGCGCCGCCACCACCGUGGCCCCUGUCGUAUACGUCACGCUGCUUCCGGCGUUUCACAUACCUGGUAGCGCCAUGAUUUACAUUGAAACGCCGUCCGGCGUCACCUACCUGCACACGGGCGACUUCAAGUACACAGAGACGGCGGCCCAGGUGUCCCCACUGCGCACCUUCUUCCAGUCGCACCGAGUCGACCACCUCUAUCUGGACGACACCUGGCUUCACUUGGGGCACGCAGAGCUUAAGUCGUGGCCGGCGCGCACUGACAGCCCACUUGCCGGUCACCGCGGCGCUGGUAUUGCUGACAGCGGCAUCCGCGUGCUAAGCAAGUUGCUGGACGCAGAUCAGGUGGAAGAGGCGAUCGAGGCCAUUGGACGUCGAAUGGACUACCAGCGCCAACUGCAUGCGCAGUGGGUGCAGCAGCACUCACAAUGCGAUGCCAACGGCACCGCCGAGGUACUGCCACCGUCACCCUCGUCAUCAUCAGCGUCCGCUGAGCUGAGCAGCGCUCGACUGCCAUUUGUUGUUCGUGUGUACCUGCACAACCAGUUCGGUAAGGAGAUGCUCAUCCAGCAGCUGGCAGCGCGGCUGCGCACGAGGGCGCUCAUCGACGACGUCCGUUACGCACGUCUACUCACAGUGGUGGAAGCGUUGGAGGAGGAGCGGGAUGACUUGGUGGCUUUUGAGGGGGCAGGCCCUGGCCACCUUGACGGUGCUGCGCCACCGCUGUCGGCGGAGGAGCUGGCAUGGCGGGCCUCCGGUGGCGAGGCCGCCCACUACCCGUACGACCUCAACUGCUUCGUUUCUUUCUCACAGCAGCAGCAGCAGCAGCAGCAGCGGCGGUGGGCAAAUUCGAGGCACGACCGUGGUGCGAUGCUACCACAGCAACCACAGCAGUCCGCUGGCCACCCCUUCAAUCGCUCGUGCGAGCCGCCUCUCAUCGAGGUAGUCAGCAGCCGUGCCUCGAUCGAGCCUGCCACCUUGCAAGCGGCCUCGGCAGCGCGUGGUGGGACUCCGUACUACGGUGUCGUCAUCUCGGGCUGGGCCCGGCUGCAGUCACAGACGCACGGCCCGGCGGCAAGUGGCCAGGUCUGGCAAGUCCCAACAACGCUUCACAGCACACCGCAGGAGAUCGUGGACUUCGUCGCGCUUCUUCGCCCGCUGUCGGUGACGCCGUUGCACUACCGCCCCAGCCGAGGAGAGGUCGUGAUGCAGCGCCUUGGGCCCUACCUGCGCGUGCCUUUUGUGAACAAGCACGACACCGGCUGUGGCGCACCAGCCGCGGCGACGGCGAGCAGGGACACGGUAGCUCUGGGAGGCGGUGUUGUGCGGUGGAUGCCGUACUUGCCGACUUACCUACUUCUCUCGCAGGUGGGAGGCAGCGACAGUCGAAGCGGUCUUGGCCCCUCGACCCUCUCGGGGAUGCUCGGCGCACGCGAUGCCGCCGCCGUUUGUGAUGAUGGCCUUGACUCGCUCGAGGAGAAGCCGCGGCGGGGAUUCCGUAUUCGCCCUGUGGGAGUGCCACCCCCCUCGUCUCACGCAGCGGUGACGGCGCCUCGAUCGGGUGGAGAGGCAGCGGUAGACUACGACCCACCCACCGCUGCAAUCACCGCAUCGUACUUCUUCGCUCCCUCUCCCACAUCAACCGCGUCGCUUCCUGACAAGGGAAUGGCGGACGUGUGCGGCAAGGCAAAGAAUCCCACAGACACGUCGGCGAGUUCAAGCGCGCGUGCCGAUGGUCUGCGCCUGUCCACGCUGUUGCCGUCGUGGAGGCUAUGCCAUCUCACACAGUCGUACCUCAGCACGCAGCAGUCUGGCGGCAAGCGUGAGCGAGUCAACGUCGAGAUGGAUGCGCAGAGCGUCGCCGCUCACCGUGCCGAACGCCACGCUGCCACCACGACGAAGGCCAAGUCAGGUGAAAAAGAUGCGAAGGCAGUGAAUGACGACGAUAAGGGCUGCCCCGCCGUGCUGCCCACCAGAAGGGCCACCACCGGUCUUCUCUCACUCUCCGACAUCGCCGACAACGUGCUGGCCUGA